GAUCGAGCAGACCAGAGGCCCGCUCCCCAGCCCGUCGCGAACCAUGCCCUCACUCAAGUCGUCAAGUCCGUCUGGACUUCUCCUCCUUGGACUGCUGCUCCUCACUGUCGUCGGACAUACAGUCGCACAAUCGUCGCGCAAGCGCUCCAGUCUCAAUGCCGACUGGCGGUUCUCCCGCUUCGUCGACAAUCCUGACGGGCUUUCCUACGACACCCUCAAGGCGUGGAUACUGCCUUCAUCCAAUGACUUCAUCACCCGCGCGAAGUACCAGAGACCUACAGGUACGCCACCGGGGAGUGACGUCCAGUAUGUCAAGGACUCUUUCGACGACAGCAAGUGGGAUCCCGUGACCCUUCCGCACGAUUGGGCUAUCAAGGGACCAUUCGGCGCGCCUGGCGUUUCUGGCCCGGAGGGUAAAUUGCCCUACAAUGGCGUGGGGUGGUACCGUAAGACGGUUAAGCUUGGAACUGGAGAUGUUGGCUCCGGGAAGAACCUGUACCUCGAAGUUGACGGCGCCAUGUCGUAUGCGAGUGUCUUUUUGAAUGGCGUACUUGUUGGUGGUUGGCCAUAUGGAUACAACGCAUUCCGCUUGGAUCUUACGCCGUAUGCGAAAGCUGGGGAUAACACCCUUGCUAUUCGACUUCAGAAUGCGCCGGAUUCUUCCAGGUGGUACCCAGGUGCUGGUCUAUACCGCAAUGUCUGGCUGGUAAAAGUCAAUUCCGUUCACGUUGCGCAGUAUGGAACCAAAGUCACCACGCCAUCCGUCAGUGCCGGAUCAGCGACUGUGGACCUGAGCGUCACAAUCGAGAACACUUCCAACAGCACCAAGCGGGUCGACUUGGUGACUGAAGUCUACGAAGUAGACGCGUCAACCGGUAAAGCCACAGGCGACGCCAAGGCAACUUUUAAGAGCAUUUCUAUCAGCGUUGCAGGCGGCUCGAAGCAGGUCGUGAACAGCACCACUGAACUCUCCAACCCCAAAUUAUGGGGACCAGCCCCGGAGCAGACUCCGAACCAGUACGUUGCUAUCUCGAAAGUGUCGGCUGGCGGAAACGGUACUGUCGAUUCAGUCGAAACCAAGUUUGGCGUUCGAACACUUGUCUAUGACGGUAAUAAAGGCCUCAUCGUCAACGGUGCCCACGUGUACGUGAAAGGUGUAUGCAACCAUCACGAUCUUGGAUCCCUUGGAGCCGCCUUCAACUACCGCGCUGCCGAGCGUCAGCUCCAGAUAUUGUUAGAAAUGGGCACCAACGCCCUCCGGACGUCGCAUAACAUGCCUGCCCCCGAGCUCCUUGACCUUGCAGACAAGUACGGUAUCAUGGUGAUGGGCGAAACCUUCGACACAUGGAAGACGAAGAAAGUGGCCAACGACUAUCAUCUGCUCUGGGACGAGUGGCACGAAGCAGACAUGCGAUCAUAUGUCCGCCGUGAACGCAAUCAUCCUUCCAUUGUGGCAUGGAGCAUCGGAAACGAGAUGCCUGACCAGUCGUCCGCGUUGGGCGGCCAGAUAGCCACAGAGCUGCAGAACAUUGCACGCCAGGAAGACGGGACUCGGAAGUCUACCGCAGGUCUGAAUAACGCCGGGCCGGGCACUGCCUUGGUAAAUGUCCUUGAAAUCCCGGGUCUGAAUUACCAAGGCGAGGGCAAAGGAACAUCAUGGAACUCCACGUACCCCAGCUUCCACAGCCGAUACCCUGACAAGAUGAUCUGGGGCACCGAGACUGCAUCCACGGUUAGUACACGCGGCACAUACGUCUUCCCAGUGACGAGCGGCAAAACUGCCGUCGUCGGGCCCAGCGCGGGCGAGAACGUCACGAUGCAGUAUGUCUCCUCCUACGAGUUGUACCACCCCUCGUGGGCCGCCUCCCCAGAUAAAGUCUUUAUCCAGCAAGACAAGUAUCCCUAUGUCGCUGGCGAAUUUGUUUGGACCGGCUGGGAUUACAUUGGCGAGCCAACGCCCUUUGACAACACCAGCCGCAGCUCGUACUUUGGCAUCAUCGACCUUGCGGGCUUCAAGAAGGAUCGCUUUUGGCUGUACCAAGCGCGUUGGCGUCCGGACAUCCCGCAAGCACACGUCCUGCCGCAUUGGACGUGGCCCGACCGCGUGGGGAAGGUUACCCCCGUCCACGUCUUCACAUCUGGAGACGAGGCGGAGUUGUUCGUCAAUGGAAAGUCACAGGGCCGCAAGAAGACCGAGCCGUCUGAGUACCGUCUUCGAUGGGAUAACGUAACCUACGUGCCGGGCGAGAUCGAAGUAGUCGCGUACAAGAAUGGUAAGAAGUGGGCCGAAGACUCAAAGAAGACGGUCGGUAGUCCGGCGAAGCUGAACGUAACGGCCGACCGGACAUCGAUCGGCAACGACGGCUACGACUUGUCGUUCAUCACGGUAGCCGUUGUCGACAAGAACGGUGACACGGUGCCGAUGGCGAGCAACGCUAUUUCCUUCUCGAUCGAUGGGCCGGGGGAGAUUGUGUCGACGGAUAACGGAGACCCCACUGACAUGGUGGCUUUCCCGUCCCUGACAAGGAAGGCGUUUAGUGGAAUGGCGCUUGCCAUUGUGCGCUCGAAACCGGGAGAGUCGGGUAGCCUCAAGGUCUUGGCGACUUCUAGUGGGCUUGAAGGAGGCGAGGUGGUUGUACGGGCAGGUUAGGACGAGUUCAAGUUUGGUAGGUCAGUAGACUAGCGCAUGAUAUGAAUGUAAGACUCACCAUACAUAGGCUUGAUGAAAGGUAUUGUAGUGAAUCACGAAACUCGUGACGACUCGUGACGUAGGUGUUGUGAAGUAAAACGAAACGUUAAUAGCGUAGGUGAAGUCUUACGAGGGUAUUUUCUCUCAGCUACGAUUCGUAUGAUCAACAUUGGUUCCAGGUGGAAUGAGCCUUGUAUCAUCACGAUAGUCC